UUACCAUAAAUUUAUUAUAAUGGGUUGAAAUGAUGCAAAAUCGCCAAUUGGGAUUCGGAAGGAAUGGCUAACAGACUUGGCUCGGAGCUGUUCAUCAGCAGACUAUCAUCAUACACAACGAUCGAACGACUUAAGAGUCUGUUUUCACCCUUCGGUUCAAUCUCUCAAGCUCGGCUAAUUCGUGAUCCGGAAACCCAGAGGCCCAAAGGGUUUGGUUUUGUCACAUUUCAAUCCCCAGUUGAGGCGAAGAAGGCUCUUCAAGCCAUGGAUGGCCGGAUUGUUGAUGGAAGAUUGAUUUUCGUUGAAUUUGCAAAGACUAGGAAACAUGGGGUAGAUCCUACAUCUAGUUAAAGAACAUCAUUCACGAAAAGACAUGGGGAUUUGGAUAUUUGUGCCAGCUUCGGAGUUUAAUCCAUUUGCGAUGUCACUAUUAACAAGUCAGAUCAUUUUGAAAAAAAAUAGUAAGAUGACGAUUGUAAUGAGUCUAAUGUUCUUAUCUCUUCUAGGAUAAAUGUGUGUGAUACUGAUAAUUUAACUAACUGUCGCCUAGGAAUUUAAAUCUUUAAUUUUGAUCUGGUGAACAA